GUUAGAACCGCGUCGUGUGACCUUCUGCGUCACUACAUGUUCACUCAAGGUAAACAUGGUCUUGAUGUUAAGUACCACUUUAUGAUCCGUGUUUCUUAGUAAACAGGCUAACUUUUGUGACGUUUUUUUUUGAAAAUUUCCCGCUUCCUGAACCCAUCUCUUACUAAUCAGCUCACAUAAAACUAUCCAGUUUAUUAAAUUCAUUCACACCCUUACUUUGCUAUACUGAUGUGUCUUCAAAGUAACUUCCAUCCAAACUCAUCCAUGCGAGUAAUUCAAACCUGCUUUGUAAUUAUGAUUUUUAAGUGUCACAAGUUGUAAACAUGUUUACAACUGCGGCUGCAGCUAGCGGCAACCAAAGGAAAUAAAAUGGAUUCAUGUUAUGCUUCCUAAAUAUUCAUUCUCGCUUGAUUCAAGAUGAUAAAGGGAAUUAUGUGUAUGAAGCUGUUUAUUGUGAGCACAUCAACUUUUUCACUUUGAUGUGUAAUAUGGAGGCCGACUAGACAUACGUUGGAAAACUAUUUUUGUCAUUGCGGUCGUAAUUGGAUCCCACCAUUUCUUAACAAAUUGCAUGAUAAACCAUGGAUUUACUGGUUAAUUUCCUUUUUGGGAUUUCUGCUUACCAUAAUCGUGCAUGCAACUUGCAACGCUGCGGCAUACUUGUAAAAUUUGAUUGAGUUUCUGUACAUAAAUUUCUUUCAACACAUGUAUUGUAUUUCUGGUGAAACUCUACUUUAUGGACGACCUUUGAACGAAUUUUCAAGUGACCUUGAGGACAUUAGCCAAUCAGAAGAGAGCUAGUAUAAAUUUUAUGAAUUCUGGUCAUAGCAGACUUCAACUAGAAGUUCUUCGUUUGUAUCGAAAUUUCCUACGAACUGUUGAUUUGUUGCAGUUCAAGUCCAAGUUAGAAAAUGGUACUAGCAAUGUAAAUAACGGUUCCAACUUUGAUCAACUCAAAGAGUUUAUCCGUUCUGAGUUUCGAUCUCAAGCAAGUGCCUACAAAAAGACUGAUAUUUUUGGUAUAGAGGCAGCACUACGUCGUGGUCAGAGACGCCUUGAAGAUAUUAAGUCCGGAACUGUCGUAGGCAUUAGAAAAAUAUCCCUCCAAAAGGAACAAUGACAAACAGUAGACUGGCCGGAAAACUCAAACGUUUUGUCGAUACUCUUAACACAGAUCGAACAAACUAUGUAGCUUCUUUUGCUUAUGGAUCUGUCGUUUUUCCACAGAAGGACAGAACAUCAAGUAAUUCACUUAUUGAUAUAAUUAUAAUUGUUCGUAAUCCUGUGGAAUGGCAUCUGAAAAAUAUUUCUGAAAAUCCUAAUCACUACAAUUUUUUAUUCCGGAAUUAUGCCAAAAAGUACCAGUCAUCAAGCCUAGAGGUGUUUCUUUCUCGUAUUCCCGGUCCCAAAGUCUAUUACAAUCCGUUUAUUGAAUGGAGUGAUCCACUUGAUAAUACCAAACUGUCGUUUAAAUAUGGUGUAGUUUCAUUGGAUAAUCUACUCACCGAUUUGUGUGAUUGGUCACAUCUCUACUUAGCUGGACGCCUACAAAAGCCUGUAUUAUGGAUUCCUAGUGGGUCUGAUCUCUCUUCACCCCAAGUUUAUGAUGAAAAAUUGUGUGUAUCACAAAACAAGAAUCUACUUGCGUCCAUAUCUUACUCAAUUUUACAAAAUUAUCCGACGAAUUUCCCAUUGAAUGAAUAUGACUUAUUCUACACAAUUUCUUCAAUAUCUUACACUGGAGAUUGGCGAAUGAUUAUCGGUGAAGAUCGACAGAAAGUAAGGCGCUUAGUGUCUGGUGAAAGCCGAUUAUCUGAAUUUCGCACGCUUUAUAAUAAUACAUUGAAUUCUCUCCAACUAUACGGUUUUUCUUUUAAACCAUCUUCAAAAUCUAAUCUCUGUAAAAAUGAGUUGCAUUGGUUUAAGCCAUGUAACAAUGAAUCUGAAAAUAUUUUUCAACUUCUGAAAAAUAUUCCCGAUCACAUAUGUUUACUUUCUGUUCAAGAGACUUGGAAUCAUAAUCCCAAUGAUGCUCGAACAUUUUUAUCAAAUUUAUCGCAUACAGAUAGAAAUAAACGGUUACAAAAUACUUUAUCUAAUAUAGUCAGAAAGUCUAGUCUAUAUCAAACUGGUUUAGGUUUAGUUUCCGCUGGACCUAAACGAUCUUUAAGAUAUGCAUUAGCAAAACUUAAUAAAAUGUUUGCUAGUUUAGGAUUAAUUAAAUGGAGCUAGUUGUUAUUAUACUGUUCAGUCUUAUUUACUUCAUAUCACGAUGUUAAAUAUUUUUUAGUACUGUUUCCCCCUUGUGUGUGAUUUUUUUGAAUGACAUUUUGUUUACUAUGACUGCAUUUCUUAAUAAUUUCUGUUAUCUAACAGUUUAGUCAUUUGGGUUAUUUUCGAAAUUUUCAUGCCCUUAUGAACAUUAAUGUACCAGAGAAAUAAAACGAUAAGUCUGAUUUUUAAAAAAUAUUUUAUCAGUUUCUGUUAAAAUUUUAUAACUUACAAAGAUGAGUCGUAGUGAACGAACGUUCAGGUGAGGACAACCAAUCUAUUGUUUAGUACAAAAUUACAGGGUACUUUUGCAAAAUGUGAAAACCAUACAUUAAAUACUUCAUUAGAAAACCUUCCAUCAAUUGCUCUUCAUCAUUCUUCCAAUUCUCAAUACCUUUAUAUUCCCCUUCCUGUUUUCUUUAGUCCAUUCUUCUCAACUUUCUUUUGACAGGCAUUCCACUUCUGAUCGCUGUUACAUACUACUUAUGUCUGUCGACGUAAAUAGCAUAAAUCACAGGGUCAGUUUAUACAUUACACUUUCAGUGGAGAAAAUACCUAAAACUGUGUCAAGAGUGAUAAUUGGAAAAAAAUAAUGGAAAUAAAACUAUAAGGUGUACUCUAGUUACCACAUAGUGAAAAGGGAACUUACCUUCAUUAUUGGUGAACUCUUCAAAUAUCGAUUUCUAACGUAAAACAUCCGACCAGAAGUCCUUACAUGAUUCCCACCAAUAUAAGUGAUGAUAUGGACAAGUGCCAUGUCUUGAACAUAUUAAAAUUCCCAGUUUCUCUUAAGCCACCUAUUAUUCCACACAGUUAUUAAUGAACUGUUCUAUUAAUAAAUAUAAACGAAAAUUAUUUUCCUAUA